GUCAACAACCAUAAACGAUCGACGUGUCGCGGUCGACAAUUGCCACGUUGUUUGUUCCCGUUCUUGCAAAAUAACAAACGCAAUAUGGGACUUCUAUCGAUUUUGAGGAAACUGCGCUCGAAUCCAGACAAAGAAUUACGAUUGCUCCUUCUGGGAUUAGACAACGCUGGAAAGACGACGAUUUUAAAAUCGUUAGCCAGCGAAGACAUUACGCAGGUGACGCCGACUCAAGGUUUCAAUAUAAAAAGUGUGCAAAGCGAGGGAUUCAAGCUGAACGUCUGGGACAUCGGAGGUGCCCGAAAGAUUCGCCCCUACUGGCGAAAUUAUUUCGAAAACACAGACGUCUUGAUAUACGUAGUGGACAGCGCGGAUAUAAAACGACUGGAAGAAACGGGCCAAGAGCUGUCGGAACUUCUGCUGGAGGAGAAGCUGAAAGGUGUCCCAUUGUUGGUCUAUGCGAACAAACAGGAUCUUGGACAAGCCGUGACCGCGGCUGAAAUCGCGGAAGGACUUGGACUACACAAUAUCAAAGACCGCGAUUGGCAAAUACAAUCGUGCAUCGCCAUCGAAGGAAAAGGAGUGAAGGAGGGCCUCGAGUGGGCUUGCAGGAACAUCAAGAAGAAGUAAACGGGACGAUGUAUCUUGUACAAACAACAUACGUUUUAUUUGGCUUUUAUCUAAUAUUUACAGAAGUUGUUACGAACAACGCGAACGCACGAACACGAUCGAACCGGUUCCAAGUCGUUCAACUUCCGUCCUUCAUGGAAGGAGCUUUCCUAAGCUCGGAUUCUCUUCGCUAUGACUCUAAAGAACUCAUAUGCGUCGCUCUUCUCGUCGGAUAGAAUUUUUAUAGAUUCCGUUAUGUGAAAAUAAAAACAAAAAGAGAACGAAAUAAAAGGUAUAACUAAU